AUGCACAACAAACAGACAAAGAGAAACAGAAGAUUACACGUAUGCGACGCAUGUCGCAUACGGAAGCUAAAAUGCGACAAAGCAAAACCAAACUGUUCGAGAUGUGCUAAGCACGGCCUAGAAUGCAUCUACAAUCCUUAUAGGCAGAAAGAGGAACCUGAGACAGUUGUGGCUCUCAAAAAAGAGCUCUUAGAACUGAGAGCUCAGCUUGUCGCCAAUUCUCCUGCCAGCUGCACUUCUGAAGUCUCAAAGCCCAAAAUAUCUUGGGAUAUAUUUGUGACUCCGGUAAAGGUUGGCGGAGUUUGGAGAAGCUACUACUCGCCCCUCAGCGACGUAGCAUUGUUCGCCCGGGAUCCUUUUUUAAGGGGCCUAAAUGCAGAUUUGUUUGAGCAAGAAACCGCGUUCCACGAAACCCAAUUUAACUUGAAAACACAAGAUCUUACCGAAACUGACCCCAGAACGAAUAUUAAACGUCUACUUCCCGACAAUGAAGUAUUUAUGAAAUCAAAAACUAUAUUUUACACCCAAUUAUAUCAACACUACACUUUUUUUCAAAAAGACCUCUUCGAAAGUUUGUUCGAGGAGGUAAUAUUAAAAGGAAACCUUGACAACGAGCAUGCACCUUUUGUUCUCAUGUCUUCACUUUUAAUUUCAUGUCUAACCAACGCCCUUUCUGUACCUGCCGAAGUCAUUUUUCAUUAUGCUGAUCAACUUAAAAUUAUCACUUUACCCAGUGAGCAUAAUCUGUCCUGCUUAUUGUAUCUCAAGAUUUACUCGGGUGAUAUGAAGCUAUGUGAUAGUCUUUACGAUACGCUCUCAAGUUCUAUACGCAACAUGACUAUGAAUCUGGGAUUAUUUGCAAGUAGGCUUCCCAAUGAAAACGCAAAUAUUAAAAGGAAUCUGUGGAUGGGAGCAGUUGCCUUACUUGAGCCAACAUCAUUUGAUCAAUUUUUUGUUAAAAAAUUCGAAUUUCCCAAUAGUGAGCAUACACAUACGCUCUGGUAUGAGUAUAACUUUCACUUAAAGCUUUCACAGGUUUGGAGAUGUGUUCUUACAUCCUCCUCACAAUUGGAAUUCACAAUUGCGCAGUUAAAAAGCUAUUACAAAAAAAAGGUACCGAACAACGCAGAUAAAUUCUUGAGAGCCUCCUGCGAGUUAUCUCUGAUCGCAAUUGAACUGAAUAUCUUGUGGAUGUUUUGCAUGCAAAAUGAGCUUCAAAAUCGCCCUUUCGACGAGCCUCUUCUCGUCUUGUUAGAAGAAAAGUUCACAGGCAUCCAUUCCUUAUUGACAAAGGACUUUUGCAAUCUGAACAAAGAUACCAUACGCAUAAAAUCGUUAGGAUUUACAUUGAAAACCUUCAUAGUUUAUGCGAUAGGUAUGUCCCUCAGACAACAGAAAAGAGACUCGCAUCCAAUCCACAAGGGUUUACAUGAAGGUUUCAAUUUCCGCGAAAUGGUUUCUGAGGUUUUUUUACUGUGGAAAAAUGACGCUCCGUGGUAUCGAACUCUGAUACGGCUUUGGGAUUUCCAUGAGACAGAGGGAGUACUUGAAAAUUUUCAACAAAAUCUUACUGACGAAUCUCAAUCUUUGUUAUCAGUGACCAAAGCCUCUGAAAGCACGGAGGAGUUUCGCUUUGGGCAGCUCGAAAGUCCAAUUUUAGAAACCAAAACAUCAGCAGUAUCUUUGAGCUCAUCCUCAAGUUGUUCAGGGAGCAGCUCAGCAUUUUAUGAAGCUUCUGACCUCAUUAAUUUUGAUGAUGCUAUAGACCCCAUGUUAGCUGCUGAUGACAGCUGCCUCGAAAUUGAUUUUUUCUCUUGUCCGGCUUCUCAAGAAUUUAAGCUUGAUGUGAAUACACACUAA